CUGCUGAUAAGAACUGCUACGCUGCCUUCCCCUCUUCUCUGGUGAGGAGGUUUAAGCUUCCGGAUGUGCCGUUUGCUCAACAUUUUUCAUCCCACCGACCACCAUGGCGAAUCUCAAGCUUGGCCUUGCGCUCGCCUGUAGCUUAGCAACAGCACUGGUUGUGCUGCAAUUGUUCCUGCUGAUUAGCGACUCUAACGUCAAUCGGCCGGUUAGGGUUCAGUCCCGCCUUCAAUGGAAACAAAGGGCAAUCAAGACAUCCUCGGCAACAUCUGCAGCCUCUGCGACCUCUGUGGCGGAGGAUGGGACAUUUCUCCUCGGCGCAGGAAAGGCGGAUAUCACGGGACCUGUGGCAGAGGUCAUCUUCAACGGCUAUGCUAGCCUGGAUCAGGUUGGCUCCGGUCUUCGACAAAGGAUCUACUCCCGCGCUUUCAUUGUCGCCAACCCACAGAACACAAGCGAUACCUUCAUCUAUCUCGUACUGGAUGCUUUGACGGGUGACACCGCUGUGCGGCAUGGUGUGCUUGAGGGCCUCGCUGGAUUAGGUGGUGAUUAUGCCAGAUAUGGAGAGCAGAACUUGGCUCUCACUGGUACUCACUCCCACUCGGGCCCAGGCGCGUGGAUGAACUACCUUCUUCCCCAGAUUCCAACCAAGGGCUUCGAUAAGCAGAGCUACCAAGCUCUUGUGGACGGCGUUUUACUCUCUAUCCAGCGCGCCCAUGAAAGCUUGGAGCCUGGAUCGCUCAGUUUUGGUUCCAUUGAUCUCGAGGACGCCAACAUUAACAGAAGCCCCUAUGCCUACGAUGCCAAUCCCGCAGAUGAGAAGGCUAAAUAUUCUGCGAACGUCGAUAAGACCUUGACACUUCUGAGAUUCGAUAGAGCGUCUGACAGUAAGACAACGGCUGUGUUGUCCUUCUUCCCGGUCCAUGGAACGUCGAUGUAUGAAAAUAAUACGCUGGUCACGGGAGACAACAAGGGCGUCGCUGCGUGGCUCUUUGAGCGGAGUGUCCAGGGCAACGACAAGUUCGCGGAUGGGUUCGUCGCGGGUUUCUCCCAGUCUAAUGUUGGCGAUACCAGCCCGAAUGUCCUUGGAGCCUGGUGUGAAGAUGGCUCUGGGCAGCAAUGUAAGUAUUCGGACAGCACUUGUGGCGGAAAGCCUGUCGACUGUCAUGGCCGGGGUCCCUACUUUACGGAAAAGGACAACGGCGCAAAGAGCUGUUUUGAAAUCGGCCGGCGCCAGUAUGAGGCCGCAAAGAAGCUACACAGCCAGCUGGAUACCAACCCGACGAAGAUCCUACCUAACGAGGUCCGGUCGUUCCAUGUCUAUCGCGAUAUGUCGGACUACACUUUCCAGUCACCUUUCAAUUCGAGCACUUUGACUACGUGCUCAGCAGCACUCGGAUUCUCAUUUGCCGCGGGCACUACUGAUGGGCCGGGUUAUUUUGACUUCACCCAGAAUGGGACUGGACCCGCCGAGUCCAAUCCUUUGUGGUAUGUCGCUCGCGCAUUCGUCCAUCAACCGUCGGCUGCACAGCAGGCAUGCCAGGCGCCUAAGGACAUUCUCCUUGACGUCGGAGCUGUCAAACAGCCGUAUGCUUGGACGCCGAACAUUGUGGAUAUCCAAGUCCUACGUGUGGGUCAAUUGUUCAUUGUCAUCUCGACAAGUGAGGCGACUACAAUGUCGGGGCGACGUUGGAAGGAAGCCAUCGCGAAGUCCGCCAAGGACGUGCUUUCUAUUGGAAGUCCUCUAGUCGUCUUGGGGGCUCCGUCUAAUAGCUACGCGCACUACGUAGCUACGGAAGAGGAAUACGGAGUUCAACGCUACGAAGGGGCUUCGACUCUUUAUGGUCCCAAUACGCUGGCUGCGUAUGUGAACCUUACCCUGACGUAUCUGCCAUACCUUGGGGAUUCGCCGCAAACAGCCAGCCUUCCAUCGCUGUCCACUGGGCUGCAGCCUCCGAUCAACACCGACAGAUCAUUGAGUUUUAUCACCGGAGUGGUAUAUGACGGGUCCCCUGUAGGGAAAGCGUUUGGGGAUGUUGUCUCGUCACCCGGCAAUACCACUUACUACCCAGGAGACACGGUGAAUGUGACUUUUGUGGGAGCCAAUCCGCGGAAUAAUCUGCGACAAGAGUCGACAUUUGCCGCCGUGGAGAGGCUUGAUCCGAGCACAGGCUCCUGGGAGGUCGUGCGCAAAGAUUCGGACUGGAACCUGGUCUAUACUUGGGUAAGGACUAGUACAGUACUGGGCUAUAGUCAAGUCACCCUUCAGUGGGAGAUUGAAGACGACUACUACAACAUCGACAAUCCCAGUUCGCUCCAGGCGGGGACUUACCGGUUUCACUAUUAUGGGGACUCGAAAGGGUUGACGGGCAAGAUCUCGGCUUUUGAGGGGAUCAGCAACUCUUUCACUGUUGCUCUGAAGUAGUCGGAGUCUGCUGGAUGUUGAGCAUUGGAUAGAUCUGUGUUGGGUUUGAUUCUGGGAAAGCGAGCCAAGGAGCAAAGCUAGAAACUACUAUAGGUUUCUCAUCUGGGAGAGAAUACCUGUCUUUUCCUUGCGCCAUAACACUCGUCGUCGGAUCUAUUUUUGUAGUGUCUUACCGAGAAUAGC